AGCACGCGCGCGGCGUCCGGGGUUCUCCUCGUGUUUGUUGUUCGCAUCCAGAAUCCUUUUCUGAGCAGAACUCUGUUGUUGUUCGGGAUUCUCUCUAUAAAGAGACCACGUGACCCUGAGAAAAGCUGGUGUGCUGUUCAGGUGGGUUCUGUCGUCUAAGGUGACAGGAUGGUGAAGCGGCCAAACAUUCUGCUGACGGGGACCCCCGGUGUGGGGAAAACCACCCUCGGGAAGGAGCUCUCCAGUCGGACUGGACUGACCUUUGUGAACGUGGGGGACCUGGCACAGGAAGGACAGCUGUACGACGGCUUCGAUGAAGACUACCAAUGCCCCAUCCUGGAUGAGGACCGGGUGGUGGAUGAGCUGGAGGAUAAGAUGGAGGAGGGGGGAGUGAUCGUGGAGUACCAUGGCUGUGACCUGUUUCCUGAGCGCUGGUUCCACAUCGUCUUUGUCCUGCGGACGGACAACACCCAGCUGUACAAUCGCCUGGAAGCCAGGGGUUACACGGGGAAGAAGCUGCAGGACAACGUGCAGUGUGAGAUCUUCCAGACCAUCUUGGAGGAGGCCAUGGAGGCGUACAGCGAGGACAUCGUCCACCAGCUUCCCAGCAACAGUCCGGACGACCUGGAGAGGAACCUGGAGCAGAUGAGCCAGUGGGUGGAGCAGUGGAUCAAAGAGCAUAACUAGACUGACCUCUGCAGCUCCGCCCACCAUUGAGGUCAUCAGAGCUGUGGCUUCAUCAAAGACUUUAUGGAGAAGGGAGGUGGACUCUCUGGACUGAUGCUUUGGACCUUUCCCUUCAUGAAGCCGUCAUGUUCAGCAGAAGCUCGUCAGACCGGGCCGGGCUGACAAUGUGGAGCCGGGUUUUUACAGACUCAUGUUACUAAAUAAAGGACUGGAAGAA